AUGGAGACACAACACAGCGGCGUGCGGUACACGUGGGACGCGCGCGCGACCCAGCGCGCAUUGCAAGCCAUCGCCCAGAACCAGCGGUACACGCUGCACUUCUUCCCCGUCGACGGCACGCGCCUAGUGCACCGGUGGAAGGCGGAACGCGACCUGUGUAUCGAGCUGCUCGGCAACGAGCUGUGGAUGCGCGGGGCCGAGCGUGCCGGCCUCGUCGCGCGCGCGGGCGGCGCGUGGAAGGCUACGGCGAAGUGGACGAGCGCGACGCAUAACCCCGUGCGCAGUCUCCUCGCUAGCCUGCGUGACCGCCUCAAGAGGCGCGACGGGGAGAACUACUACGAGAAGAACGGCGCCGACCGCGCGUGGAAGACGGCCGCCGACGUGCCGCGGGACAUGAAGGUGUUUCUCAAGGUGUAUCCGUACUACUUCCUCCUACUCGACCUCGUGCGCGGCGACACCGCUGACGCCGAGCUGCCGCCGCCCCGUGCGGCGACGAUCGAGCCCCAGGCCAAGCGGCGCAAGAAGGCCGCACGAACCCUGCGUGCUCCUAGCUCGAGUGACGAGUCUGAGUCGGAUAUGGAUGUCGACUCGGGAGCUGAGGAUGAGGCCGAGCCACGAGUCCACAUGGUCAUCGACUCGUCUCCUUCCCCCGCGCGGUCGUCAUCGAGGCCGCCAGCCCAGCCCACUCGGUUCCGUGAGCAGCAGUCCACGCCCCAAGUCCGCGGCCCCAAGGAUCUUCAUGCCGCGUCCAAGUUCGAGGUGCCAAACCCCGCGUUGACUAGCCACUCCAAGCCCUCGGGGACGGACGCUCAGCUUCCCGUCCGUGGUAAGAAGCGCUGGCGCUCGCCAUCGAUCACAAGCUCCGACUCGAGUGCCACCUCCAACUCGAGUGCCACCUCCGACUCGAGUUCCCACCCCAACUCGAGUGACAGCUCAGACGCGAGUGACUCGGACGACGAGCCUGUCCCACUCACCUGGGCCAACGCCCGUGAUAAGUCGGCGUCCACGCAGCCAUCAACUCUCAGGCCACCCAUCAGGCCCCCCGGCACCGUUGGUUCACCCGCCCCCACCACUGAUCCCACACCAACUAUCACGCUCAGGCGCUAUAGUGCCGCCCAGGACACAACACACUGUCGCGUCACGGCUGAAUGGCUCAAGGAGGUGCACCCUCUACUCAAGCCAUACCUCGACGCUGCCAGGAACGUCAAAAACUCUGUCCCAGAACAGAUGGAGGGCUAUCGCGCCGCUUUCGAAGCUCUGCUGGAUCCUGGCGGCGCUAAACGCCGGCAGUUUCCCCACCCAGCUUUGCGCCAGGUCCCGACUCAGUGACGAGGAGUUUCAGCGCGAAGGUGGUGUCGACUAUAACCGCCUCGUCUGUAUCGUACCCCCACCCACAGAGAAAUCUCCACUCUCCAAGCGCCGAUUCAAAGGUCCUGACGGCAGCACGCUUUACUGGCAGAUAUCACCCCUUGCGUUUGCUGUAUCUGUGCAGCGAUGCUUCCUCUACAACCUGCACAAAAGUCGCAACAAGAUUCUCAAGGCAGCUGGCCAGUAGCUUGACCCUCCACUCCACACACACACUCUCAAUAGCCAUGC